AUGGCCGGGUGUCGAUCGGUGUUUGAGUACGAGCAGCUCAACAAGAUUGACGAGGGCACCUACGGGGUGGUGUUUCGAGCGCGCGACAAGAAGACGGGCGCGAUCAGGGCUCUUAAGAAGGUGAAGAUGGACAAGGAGCGGGAGGGUUUUCCGCUCACGGCGCUGAGGGAGGCGAACAUCCUGCUCUCCAUGCAGCACCCGAACAUCGUGGGCGUGACUGAGAUGGUCAUGGGGAACUCGCUGGACUCGAUCUUCAUGGUGAUGGAGUUCGCGGAGCACGACUUGAAGGGACUGAUGGAGACCAUGACGAAGCCGUUCACGAUCCCGGAGGUUAAAUGCCUGAUGCUACAGCUUUUGGGCGGGGUGAGCUACCUGCACGACAACUGGGUGCUCCACAGGGAUCUGAAGACCAGCAACAUCCUGGUGAACAACCGGGGGGAGCUAAAGAUUUGCGACUUUGGACUCGCGAGGCAGUACUCGGACCCGUUACGACCGUACACGCACAUGGUGGUGACGCUGUGGUACCGCGCGCCCGAGCUGUUACUAGGUCAGAGGCUGUACAGCACCGGCGUCGAUGUUUGGAGCCUGGGGUGCAUCAUGGGUGAGCUGCUGUGCAAGGACCCGCUGUUCCAGGGCAAGACGGAGAUUGACCAGAUCGACCGCAUAUUCCGGCUGCUGGGCACCCCGAACGAGAAGAUCUGGCCCAACUUCAUCAACCUCCCGUCGGUGCGGAAGAUCAAGUUUCCCCACCAGCCGUACAACAACCUGCGCAAGAAGUUCCCGAAGAUAUCUCCCAACGGGGGCGUCACCUUGUCGGACGCCGGAUUCGACUUGCUCAACAAGUUGUUGGCGUACGACCCGAGUCGGCGAAUGACGUGCGAGGAGGCGUUGGGGCACGAGUUCUUUCGCGAGUUUCCGCCCGCCAAGGCGAAGGAGCUCAUGCCGACGUACCCGAGUAAGGCGGCGGGGCAGACGCGGGAGGUUGUGGAGCGGGCGAAGGCUGCGGCGCGGGCGAGAAACGCCGAAUUAAGGGCGAUGGAGGCGAUCGAGGGGGAGGAUCCCCUCGAGACCCAGCGGCGGCGGGAGGAGGCGAUGGCAGGUCGCGAGCGCACCGGGCUGUUCUCCCACCUCAACUAG